GCGAGUAAUGACGUUGACCAGAGUAAUGAAACCUAAAACCCAGUGAUUGAUGCAGCAACUCAUUUAGCAACACCACAGGCUAUUUAUAUAGACACCUUAGAAACCGAGUCUUAUACAUCAUCGAUAGAUAGCUUCAUAUAAAAAAAAAAUGGCGGAUGCCCCAAACCCACCAAAAAAACCAGGGUGGAAUUGGUGGAAGAACUUCCAAUACGAUGAAGGACAAGAUUCUCCAGGUGAUGCACGCAACGUUUUGCUAGUAGUUGCAGCACUGAUCGCUGCAGUGACCUUCCAAGCCGGCGUCAAUCCUCCCGGAGGUGUUUGGCAAGAUGGCCGCUAUGCAGGGAGGGCCAUUUAUGCAACUCAAAAAGCACCAUUUUAUGUGUUCUUGAUAUCAAACACCUUGGCUCUUUCCACCGCCAUCUUUAUAAUCAUAUCGCUUACUUACAAGUUCCCUUUCCAUUUGGAGGUCUUGGUUGCCACAGUGUCUAUGAUUGUGACUUAUGGUUCUGCAGUGUUUGCUGUGACCCCAGAUGAGUCUGUCCGGUUUCGUUACGUAUUGACUGCAGCUGCUCUGCCUUUUAUAAUAAGGUUUUCCAUCCAAGUUUUCAAGAUGUAUAAACCGAAAUGUGUGUCGUAUUUUAUGAAUCAUUUUUAGAUACAACUGAUUGUGUACAACCAUAUUGGUUUAUCUUAUCGUGUUAGUUACAGGAUGAGAGAGAUAAACAUAUGGUUAUACAACAUGUGGUGAACAAGAAAAUUCGUACUUUUUUCUUAGGCUGAUGGUCAAUGUAUUGUGUAGUCAAUUUGCUGUGUGUGUGUAGCUGAGUCCAUGAGCAGGGUUGGGUUGCCACAUGGAUUUAAUGUAUGUAGUUGAAAUGGGUUUUCUAGGAGUA